AUGAAGCUCUCCGGUGGUAUCUUGCUAGGCGCAUCGAUCGCAGUCGCCUCUGCGGAUCCUUUUGAGCCACCUGACUUCAAUGUGACAGAUGCCCUCAUUAAGAAUGGCAUCGAUGUAUCCUCUGUGCCAGGUCUGGCAGGUCUCGUCGGGCGCUCGUCGAACAACGGCUGCUCAGUAGCUUGCAACAGCCUCAACUUUCUGUUCGGAAAUAGCAGCGUGCUUUUCGAAGGCAGCUCAGCAUACGAUGCCUUCACUGGCGCAUACUGGUCAGGCCAACAGGGCCAAGUCAACCCGUUCUGCAUCUUCAAGCCUACAAGUGCACUCCAGGUUUCGACGACUGUUCUCAUAUCUCGAUUGACGCAGUGCCCCUUUGCUGCUAAGAGCGGAGGGCAUGCUGCUUUUGCAGGGGCGUCCAGCAUUGAAGGUGGGAUCACAAUCGCUCUUGACAAGAUGGACUCAAUAGUUUUAUCAUCGGAUAAGAAACUUGCGGCCAUUGGACCUGGCAAUAUUUGGCUGAGAGUGUACGAGACACUCGAAAAGGAAAGCUUGGUGGUUAUUGGCGGUCGAGUACAAGACAUCGGCGUGUCCGGACUGACUCUCGGUGGAGGCAUCUCUCACUUUGCGAAUAUGCGCGGCUGGGCAUGCGACAAUGUGGACUCGUACGAAGUCGUGACAGCCUCUGGCCUCAUUAUAACUGCCAGUGCAACAAGCCAUCCGGAUCUCUACUGGUCUCUACGAGGCGGUGGGAACAACUUCGGCGUCGUCACGAAAUUUAAAUAUAGGACAUUCGCCCAAGGCCCAAUGUGGGGAGGCCCGCGCUUGCUUCUCGAGCCAGAGUUUGAUGCAGUAUACACAGCAUUUACCAAAAUUGCCCAAAACUCAGCCAAAGACGUCAAAGCAGCCCAGAUAGCUUCCUUUGGCGUGCAAGCUGGAUUUAAGCUCUGCAUCACCGAGAUCGAGUAUGCGGACCCGACUCCUUGGCCCGCAAUCUUCGACGAAUACAAAGCCAUCCCCGCAGCCCAAGACAACACAACCAUCGCCAAUCUGUCUACGUUGACGCGCAACUUGGGUGGCGGACAACCAACAGGCGCCCGGCAGACGUACUGGGACUGGACCUCCAAGCUCGACCGCGACUUCAUGAAGUUCAGCGUUGACACGCUGUUCGAGCUCGUAUCCACCAUUGCCGAUGCCCCCGGCGUCCUGCCCGCCCUGUCGUUCCAAGCCAUCACCGUCCCGGCAAUGCAAGGCAUGCAACAAAACGGCGGCAACGCCCUCGGACUCGAUCCCUCUGGCGGGCCCAUCCACAUCGCCAACCUAGCCCUGAAGUGGGAUGACCCGGCUGACGACGAGCGCAUGUACUCGUUCAGCAAUACCUUGUGGACGCGGCUGCGGGAUGAGGCGGCGAAGAGGGGUUUGCAGAGGGAUUUCAUUUACAUGAAUUACGCGUCUCCGGUGGCAGGAUCCAAUUGGUAG